GUCGCCUCUGGGUCCCGGAGCCGAGCUCAAGAGCCCAGGGGAGUCUCAAAGUUUGUCUGGAGCCGUAGUGGGGAGUGGGCUGGUCGCGCGAGGACUUUCCUGGGAUGAGAGCUGCCUUCUGGCCUGCCUUUUGGAUGCACAGCCCGAUUUAACCCCUGCACCUCCGGCCCGAGCCCAGCAGGCUUGUCCUCCCCGGGGAUUCACAGAGCUCCGAGAACACGGGUCGCGGAGCUCUCGGCGGGGCUCUCCCGGGUUCUUGCGCCAGUGCCUAAGUUCCACGCGCAGCACACUCAAGCACUCACGGAGAGAGGCGUCUCGCCGGCCGGCCCGUGGCGGCUCUGAGCGGUCCCCUCCUGCCUCAGCAUCCCCGGCCCCGCGGGGCUCCCACCGCCAUGGAGGUGCUGGAAAGCGGGGAGCAGAGCGUCCUGCAAUGGGACCGUAAGCUGAGCGAGCUGUCAGAGCCCGGAGAGACCGAGGCCCUCAUGUACCACACGCACUUCUCAGAACUUCUGGAUGAGUUUUCCCAGAACGUCUUGGGUCAGCUCCUGAAUGACCCUUUCCUCUCAGAGAAGAGUGUGUCGAUGGAGGUGGAGCCGUCUCCAACAUCACCAGCGCCUCUCAUCCAGGCUGAACACAGCUACUCCCUGAGCGAGGAGCCCCGGGCUCAGUCACCGUUCACCCACGUGACUACUAGCGAUGGCUUCAAUGACGAAGAAGUGGAGAGUGAGAAGUGGUACCUGUCUGCAGACUUCCCUUCGGCCACCAUCAAGACAGAGCCAAUCACAGAGGAGCAACCCCCAGGACUCGUGCCCUCGGUCACUCUGACCAUCACAGCCAUUUCUACUCCUUUUGAAAAAGAAGAGUCCCCUCUGGAUAUGAGUGCUGGGGUGGAAUCCUCGUGCCAGACAAUUAUUCCUAAGAUUAAAUUGGAGCCUCAUGAAGUGGAUCAGUUCUUAAACUUCUCUCCUAAAGAAGCCUCCGUGGAUCAGCUGCACUUACCACCAACACCACCCAGUAGCCACAGCAGUGACUCAGAGGGCAGCCUGAGCCCUAAUCCACGCCUGCAUCCCUUCAGCCUGUCUCAGGCCCACAGCCCUGCCAGAGCCAUGCCCCGGGGCCCCUCUGCCUUGUCCACAUCUCCUCUCCUCACAGCUCCACACAAGCUGCAGGGGUCUGGCCCACUGGUCCUGACGGAGGAGGAGAAGAGGACCUUGAUUGCUGAGGGCUAUCCGAUUCCUACCAAACUGCCCCUGACAAAAUCUGAGGAGAAGGCCCUGAAGAAAAUCCGGAGAAAAAUCAAGAAUAAGAUUUCUGCCCAAGAAAGCAGGAGAAAGAAGAAAGAAUACAUGGACAGCCUGGAGAAAAAAGUGGAGUCUUGUUCAACUGAGAACUUGGAACUUCGGAAGAAGGUGGAGGUGCUGGAGAACACCAAUAGGACUCUCCUUCAGCAACUUCAGAAGCUUCAGACUCUGGUGAUGGGGAAGGUCUCUCGGACCUGCAAGUUAGCUGGCACACAGACCGGCACCUGCCUCAUGGUCGUUGUGCUGUGCUUCGCCGUUGCAUUCGGCAGCUUCUUUCAGGGCUAUGGGCCCUAUCCUUCUGCCACCAAGAUGGCCCUGCCCAGCCAGCAUCGCCUGUCGGAGCCGUACACAGCCUCCGUGGUGAAAUCCAGGAACCUGCUAAUCUAUGAGGAACAUUCUCCCGUGGAGGAGUCAUCCAGUCCAGCCUCAGCUGGAGAGCUUGGGGGCUGGGACAGAGGCUCCUCCCUGCUCAGGGCGUCGGGGCUUGAGGCCCUGCCAGAGGUGGAUCUUCCCCACUUCAUCAUCUCCAACGAGACCAGCUUGGAGAAGUCAGUGCUGAUGGAGCUUCAGCAACACCUGGUCAGCAGCAAACUGGAAGGGAACGAAACGCUCAAAGUCGUAGAGCUGGAGAGGAGAGUGAAUGCCACCUUCUGAGGAGCCCUCUCCGCCCUCCUCUUCCCCUAACUCCAGCUGCGCGUCCCCAGACUGCCUUGCCCAUACGCUUCCCCUUCACCCCUGGAUCUUGAGGAGGAUGUGGACUAGUGCUAGUGGCUUGAGAUGGGAGGCCAGGCUGGGGGUUUCUGCUUUACGUCCGUCCCCAAUGGCUCUACCCAGAAGGGAGCCGGCGCCUCUCCAUCCCUUUCUCUUACUGCCAUAGGAAAUUAUUUUAGGGGUGAGGGAGGGGUGGGACGAACAGGCUUGUUUCCACCAGUACCCAGAAGAUACUGCCUGAUUCUUCCCGGUGAGGUGUGACUCUUGCGAAGGAGACAGGACUCGUGUCCAGUUGAGACCCCAGACUCUGGCCACAAAUAUGCCACACACGCGCCAGGGAGUGGCAAAGCACUGACUUCUGACCCCUCUUGCUCACUGGGACUCCAGUGUGACCCUGCCCCCACUGAGAGUACCCAAGUGUCAUUCCAGUCUUCUCUCUCCCGUUCUGCCCCCUGGAGCCCUUAUUGACUGCUGGCACAGGCAGACGGGACUCCCACCAUUUUUUCAGGCCGCAAGUGCAAUUCCUGAAGGCAUCAGGCUCUUCUCCUCCAGGCCACCCUGCCCACUGUGUUGCUUGUAGGAUACCCCCUGACCCACCCACCCACCCACACACCACACACAGCCUGCAUCCCCACGGGACAGUAGCUCUGGCUCCCUGGCCUCCCCUUUCUAUUUGUAAAUAGUAUUUAUUAGCUUGCUGACGCUCCCCGCUGACUGUAGCAAAGAAAUUCCAUGACCCCUUCCAACAAGCGAAGAAUUCUGUUGGCCUUUGGAACAGGAGAGUCCCCAGGAUCUGGGACCCCUAGUAUUUCUAGUUGAUGCCUUAUUUUCUCCUUUUCCUUUCUUUUUAAAAUUGGGGACCUAUAAGAUAAUCACUGCUGGGAGGUCCCCUUGAGCACGUGUCCCCUGUUGGAUGAAUACAUGGGGAGUGAUGGAACACUGUCUUCUUGCUCAGGCGCCGGGCUCUAUGGCCGCGUGUUUUCUUUUCUCUCUCUGUGUUGCUGGAUCAGAGACGGGGAAGCCGUGCCCUGACAAUAGGCCUUGCUGACAACCUUGCUAGCUUGUCGUGCAUCCUGCGUGCCCUCCUCCCUCCCUCCCUCUCUCCUUCCCUCCCUCCCUUCUGCCCUCUCUCCACCUGCCUUAAGUAGGGGGGGCUGGAGUUGGUGGUAUUUGUGCACCCACAGUCAUACCUUUUACAGUCAGGUUUGGCUACUUUGCAGCUCACCCAAAGAGAUACAACGAACCCCCAAACUCCUUUCCUUUUUUUAUGAUUAAAAAGUAAAAUUUGUAGUUAAAAAAAAAAAAACCCUUUUCUCUUUCAUACAAAUAAGAAAUGGAAAUUACUCUUUUAUUGUAUAAGAUAGAAGACUCUUUUUAAGCGUUUUUUCUCCCCAACUUGUAAAAGAUUUUAUGUAAGAAAUGUGCUUACACUUUGUAUUUUAUUUUUAGCAGCAGCUGAAGGGCCUUUAGUUUUGGCCUCUCUCUCUCUCUCUCUCUCUCUCUCUCUCUCUCUCUCUCUCUCUCUCUCUCUCUCUCUCUCAUUUUUUUCCUCUGUCAUCUAUGUGACCGUUAGAGCCUGUAUAAGAGGGAUUAUGACCACACUGGCCCUUGCGUUCUGUGUCACAUACAGGAUUCGGUGCCGUUAGUGUUUGCUGUCAUGCCCCAUGAGCAGCUUCCUGUUUGGUCUGCUCAGGUCAUCAUAGCGAGUGUUCCCUCCCUCCCUCCCUCCCUCCCUCUCCCUCCCUCCCUCCCCCUCUCUCUCUCUCCCUCUUUCCUUCCCUCCCUUCUGCAGUGGGUUCCUAGCUGGCAGAUGUCCAAGCUCACUUGUGAUGUGUGAGACCCACCUCAAGGCCACUGUGAUCCUGGCAGCCCUGCUGCCCACAGGGCUGUCCCUGUCCCUUACACUCGGAUGCCUGGACUGUACAGAGAGGAGAGUGGCUAGUGACCUGCUUCUGCUUCCUUUUGGUCUUCUCUCUUCCUUCGCUCUUCCUGGGCCUGGCCCAUCCUGUUCUUUACAGUGCCAGAUGUUUGUGCACAGUAAACAUAAAAAAUGCUGAUGAGAGCCUAAGAAGGGGGAAAAAAAACAGGAUGAGGUGGUAUUUGUGUGAUGAGAAAGGGAGAGUUUGCAAUAGAGGGCUGAAGUGGAGUUUUCGGCUGUUGUAUACAUCUGCUGAACCGAACCUCUUUUUUUUUUUUAAUGUGCCUGGAGAGCCAGGGUGGAGACCCCGUUUGUGGAUGAGGGGGGAGAAGGAACUGUCUAGUCCUAUCUGGUUCUCCGAGGACUUUGUUUUCUUCUCUACCUACUCUUUUGGAUGCCACUGUCUCCAGACAGCAGGGCCCUUUGUCUGUGGGACAUGGGCCUUCCAGAAUAGAAUCUGUAACUGGAGACAUGGGACAUUAGCCAGAGAACUCAAACAGCCCUUUAAAGGAGCUCUCAGCAGCCCACACUGCCCUCUGCUCCUGGCGUGGUGAGGAAAGGGGACCAAGGGGUGAUCCCUCUGCGAUAUUCAGUGCAGUCAGGGGACCCAGAGUGGCAUAAGACAGGAUGGGUUGCAAGUAAUUAAUGGAUGUGUGCACACUUUCUGUUCAGAGUUUAAGGCUAGAGUAUCAGUUUUUCCCACCAACUGAGCUGGGCCCCAGACCAGUCAAUAACUUAUGGAUGUAUCUGAAGGUUUUGAAUAGUGGCGGGCUUUAACACCUUGAAUUGAAAUUUUGAAAAUACCCAAGACCGCUAGACUCUUAGAGAAGCCAGAACAAUUAGCCUGCUGGUUGUAUUUUCUAUUCUAUAAACAGCCCCCCCCACACACACACACACUUUAAAAUCACUUUAGUGAUGGAGAUGUCUUGCAAAGACUUAGAGAACAAGUCUUUUUUUUUUUUUUUUUUUUUCCUGUAGAUGAGACCUGAGUAACCCAGUUGCCCCUCCCUCCCUCGGGGCUUUUCAGAGCUCCCAACUUCACACUGGGAAAUGGAUCUUGCAAAUGAGAG